CACUGCCGCUGCCCUGCGUGUCUGUCCCCUGCGUGGGAAGCACAACAAAACCAAGGGCUUCACUUGAGAAGGUGCACAGGAGCGAGAUAAAAAAGAGACGGCAGUCCUUCUGCAAUUCAUUUUACACUUUCACUGUCUGCCACCGGACGAGGUUUCAGCGUAAUUCUCGGAGGACAAAGAGACGACCGCUCGGAGAUAUGAACGAGUCUCUGGUGCUGAACAACUCCUCUGCGACUCUCUUGGCUGGAGAAGCUCUCCCAUGGAUGGAGGCUGAUUCUCCGGAGCUGAACAGCAGCCUGCAGUUCUCCACCGCCCCUGCAGAUUUCGCCAUCAACCCGUGGGACAUUAUGCUCUGCAUGUCAGGCACCGUCAUCGCCUGUGAGAACGCCAUCGUGGUAGCAAUCAUCUUCUACACGCCGACCCUCAGGACUCCCAUGUUUGUGCUGAUCGGGAGCCUGGCCACAGCGGACCUUCUAGCCGGCAUGGGAUUAAUCCUGAACUUUGUGUUUCAGUACGUGAUCUCCUCUGAGACUAUCAGCCUCAUCACGGUGGGCUUCUUGGUGACCUCCUUCACUGCGUCCAUCAGCAGCCUUUUGGCCAUAACAGUGGACCGUUACUUCUCCCUCUACAACGCCCUGACUUACUUCUCAGAGAAGACGCUGCAGUACGUUCACUUGAUGUUACUGGGGACCUGGGGGGUGUCUCUGUUUUUGGGCUUGCUGCCUGUGCUCGGCUGGAACUGCCUGGACGACCCGGCCUCCUGCAGCAUCGUCCGCCCUUUGACCAGGAUCAACGUCACGCUCCUUGCCACCUCCUUCUUCGUCAUCUUCGUGCUCAUGCUGGCCCUCUAUUUCAAGAUUUGCAAGAUUGUGUGCCACCACGCCCACCAGAUCGCCCUCCAGCAGCACUUUUUCGCCACGCCGCACUAUGUCGCCACUAAGAAGGGGGUGUCCACGUUGGCUAUCAUCUUAGGGACAUUUGGUGCCAGCUGGCUGCCCUUCGCCAUCUACUGCCUGGUCGGAGAGAGGGAGUAUCCUUCAGUGUACACCUAUGCUACACUGCUGCCAGCCACCUACAACUCCAUGAUCAACCCCAUCAUCUACGCCUACAGAAACGCAGAGAUCCAGCGCUCCCUCUACGUGCUCCUCUGUGGCUGCUUUCAGACCAACAAGUCCUACCGGUCCAGGUCACCAAGUGAAGUCUAAAAAAAAUGUGCUAGGGCUCCUUUUGUGUAAAUGUAUUUGUGAUUAAAAGACAGAGCAAAAAAGACAAAGCGUCCUUUGACCGCUGACAAUCUGCUUUCAGUUGCCAGUGAAUGCUUUACAAACACAAAGUGGAUGUGAUGCUAGAAUCGUGUCUACUGUAUCUGCACUUUACGAUGUCUCCACACAAGUUAGGAUGAGAUUUGUAAAAGAUUCUGUGAACAAAAACCUGUGAAAAAGAAAAAACAAACCUGUGAAUGUAGUCAACUGAGAAAAGGAAUGGGAAAUAUUGCACUUUAGUACAUGUUUUUUGAAAUGCCAAAGCAGUAUUGUACAGCCGUUGUUGUGUUUAAACGUAUAAACGUGUGAGUACUGUGAGCCAUUUUUCUAUUUCGUAUGGUAUUGUCUUU